CACAAACCAACAGCAAGACCACCAUCUAAUCUGUGAUCGUGAACCCAAGCCAUGGAUAUACCAGAGAGUUAUGGUGUUGGGCGCGGCAUGGGCUCUGGGGAGCGUGCAAAUGUUGACGGCGCCCUCUUUUUGCUCAACACGCCCAACCCAAGGUCGGCCACCUCAGAGGGAGACGAAGUAGAACCGUGGUCUGCUGUCUCCCCAGCGUGCUUCUCACCAUCGCUCGACCCCCAACUUAAGCACGUCCUCGAAUGGGCCGAAUCACCUUCGCUCACGGCGACGACAGACUACAUCGAGUUCCCUUUGGCACCUCCGCAGUUCGAAGAGCUCAAAAAGCUGGAGCAACUUGGGUUGUUUUGUGGCGAAAAUUUCCGGUACGACUACUCUGAAGCCGACGAGAUCCUCGUAUUCCGAAUGGCAGGCGGAGGACACGAAUGGAUCAAGGGCAGACUUACAAUGAAGAUCUCCCAGGGUCUCGCGGACGCUGCGGCCAGAGAUGACAACUCUCACUCUGCCAGGGAAUUUGCCUUGCUGCCUACCUCCCUCGGUGGCUCCUCACUCCUGAACUUUCGGUCAUCCACGGUGGCAGACAAGAAAGAAAGACGGUCACCGGAUGCUCAAUUCCUGUCCGAUCGGAGUCGCCGUCCCUGGCUUCCUAGCUUGAUCAUCGAAGUAGCUUGGACGCAGACUACGAAGAGUUUAGAAAAGCUCGCAUACGAAUACAUUCGGGGUAGCAAUGGACGAAUCCGCACUGUCAUUGGUUUUGACGUCAAUCCUUCUGCCAGAAAAGGUGCGACAGUUUACGUUUGGAGGGCCGUGUUCAACCAAGACAAUAUCGCUGUUGCUUGUGACUCUACUGAGAUUCGCAGCGUGUCUGGAAUCAAGAACCCCGACCCGCAAGCUGGACUGCGCUUGACGCUCGAAGACUUCGCAUACUCUCGCAACCCAGAAGAAUACCCGGACCUCGAUGCUGUCGUCAUCUUCAUCCCUGUCGAUGAUCUCUACGAGAUCUUGGAAGAGGCCGAGGCCGCUCAGGAAGGUUUCCGUGGUGGAAACCAAAAUGGAUCUUCAGCUUCUGAUCCAAGCCCGCCUGCCGCCAACACGACUGCCUCUCAUGGCUAUUCGCUGAGAUCUCAAGACGGACAUGGAGUUUAGAAGAAGACUUUGGGGAUGGGCGUAUCUGGAGGUGAGCAUUAUCGAUUUGAACAACAGACCGAACACUCGUUUGGUCAGGGAGGCAGCGUUAUGGGCGAGGUCCUUGCUGUGGCAUCUCUUGGGAGAAACAACACUCCUCGGGGCGAGGUAUGAUGACGUUCUGGCACCAAAAUAUCGGGUAAAGCCAUGAUGACGCUCUGGCACAAAUAUCGGGUAAAGGCAUGAUCAGUAAAGAUAAUCCAUAAU